CCGUGAGUCCUUUUCUGUCCAUCUCGGGGUGCACGAUCUCUGCUGUUGUCACCACCUUAAGGAGGUGUACGGGGCUAGCAGUAUGGCAGAAGCGGAUCCUAAAAUGGUCACAGAACCUGUUGCCCAGGGGGUUGCUGAAGAGGCGAUGGCUAGCUCAGCUUGUGAUUCUGGGGAUGAAUCUGACAGCAAUAGCUCUAGCAGUACCACUAGUUGCAGCAGCAGCGGCAGCAGCAGCAGCAGCAGCAGUAGCAGCAGCAGCAGCAGCAGCAGUAGUAGCGGUAGCAGUGGCAGCAGCAGCAAUGGCAGUCGUUUAAACCAAAAGAAGAGGGUACCUGAACCCCCCAGAAGGGCCCAGCGACGUCCCUUCGGGAAACCUUUCUUGGAUAAGCUGCCCCAAGCAGUAAGAAAACGGGUGCAGGCACUCAGAAAUAUUCAGAAUGAGUGUGACAAGGUAGACACCUUGUUCUUAAGGGCAAUUCAUGAUCUUGAAAGGAAGUAUGCUGAACUCAAUAAGCCUCUAUAUGAUAAGCGUUUUCAGAUCAUAAAUGCAGAAUAUGAGCCUACAGAAGAAGAGUGUGAAUGGAAUUCAGAAGAAGAGUUCAGUGGUGAUGAGGAAAUGCAGGAUGACACACCUAAUGAAAUGCCACCCUUAGAGGGUGAGGAGGAAGAAGAAAGCUGUAAAGAAACAGCUGAAAAGGAGGGAGAAGUAAAGGAUGCUCCAGAAGAAGUUCCUGAGGCAAAAGUUGAAGAAGAGGAGGCUCCCAAAGAAACUCCUGAGAUGAUAAGUGAAGAAAAAGAAAUUCCUAAAGAAGAUGCUGAAGAAAAAGCUGAAGAACAGGAAUCCUCUAAAAAAAUUCCUGAGGUAAAAAAUGAAGAAAAAGCAGACUCUACGGAAUGCAUAGAUAUAGUUCCUGAAGAAAAAGAAGACCUCGAAGAAGUUACCCAGGCAGAAGAUGUUAGCCUGGCAGAAGAUGUUAGCCUGGCAGAAGACGUUACCCAGGCAGAAGACGUUACCCAGGCAGAAGAUGUUACCCAGGCAGAAGAAGUUACCCAGGCAGAAGAUGUUACCCAGGCAGAAGAAGUUACCCAGGCCAAUUCAGAAAAUAAGGAUCAGCCUACAGAAGACUCUACACCAAUGGCUCCGGUAAGAGAGGCUCAAAAGAGGGUUCCUGAGACAAGGCCUGAAGAAGGAGUCAAUAUUAAAAGGGCUCGAAAGGGAAAACCUAAGAAAGAAGAUCCUAAAGGUAUUCCUGACUACUGGCUGACUGUUUUAAAGAAUGUUGACAAGCUUGGGCCUAUGAUUCAAAAGUGUGAUGAGCCCAUUUUGAAGUUCUUAUCUGAUGUUAGCCUGAAGUUCUCAAACCCUGGCCAACCUAUUGGUUACACUUUUGAAUUUCAUUUCCUACCUAACCCAUACUUCAAAAAUGAGCUCCUGAUGAAGACAUACAUAAUAAGGUCAAAACCAGAUCACUACGACCCUUUCUUCGCUUGGGGAUGGGAAAUUGAAGAGUGCAAAGGCUGCAAAAUAGAUUGGAGACGAGGAAAAGAUGUUACAGUGACAACCACCCAGAGUCGCCCAGCUGUUACAGGGGAAAUGGAAGUCCAGCCAAGAGUGAUUCCUAAUGCAUCCUUCUUCAACUUCUUCAGUCCUCCUGAGAUUCCUUUGAUUGGGAAGCUGGAACCAAGAGAAGAUGCGAUCCUUGAUGAGGACUUUGAGAUUGGUCAAAUUUUGCAUGAUAAUGUCAUCUUGAAGUCAAUCUAUUACUUCACAGGAGAAAUCAAUGAUCCCUACUACCAUGAUUUCAGGGAUUACGGAAACAGGAAGUACUACAAGUAAAAAGGGCAAGCUGAAAGAUUUUUCAAGAAUCCUUAAACGUCAAGCAAGCAGAAGUGGAAUAGAGUCAUCUAAACUUAGAAAACAGAAAACAUGCCCUAUAACCUGAACACUAGUACUCCUUAUAGUCUGCCGUUUUCAUUUUUCCUGGUAGUGUCCUAAAAGGACAUUAAGCUUCUGUUUCCUGGUAAUGUCCUAAAAGUUGUCUUAAGCUUCUGUUCAUUCUACCUUGCCUGUUGUAUUGUAAUAUUCUUCAAAAUACGUAAACUGCUGUUAAUUUCCAAAGCAUGUUUUGUUUGGUGCUACAGUGUUGGUUUUGUGAAGUCAGUUUUUGUCAUGUUGCUAUUAGAUUGUACCUGUGAAAAUUGUCAGACUUGUUAGAGAAUUCCUUGCCUGAAUAAGCCACAGUUUAAAUGCCAAUAUACAUGUGUUUUCUCUCUCUUUUUUUUCAGCCCAGAGGACUAAAGACUUAAAUCUGCUUGCACUAGGUGUGCCUUCAUUACUUUGCCAUAGAAAUGUAGUAAUGAUACCAACUAAAACAUUCUAUUGUGAAAUGUAGUUGCUUGAAAAAGUAAUGAGAAUAUACUUUAAAAUGUCAGUCAGGAUCACAAUAGAUUUUUGUGGAUUUGUUUAUGUGAUUUAUUGGUCUAUUAGCAAAAGUAUUGUUUACCACUAAGGUGUUAAAUAUGGUGUAGUAUUUUAAAAAUUUGCCUCGUUGUAUAUUGUGUAAU